CCUCGGGCUGUGUGAAGCUGUCAAAGGCCGGACUGUGAUCGGGGAGAGGGAGGGUCAACAUGGCGUCGGAGCAGGAAAUCUCAAAUGUGCCAGUGAAGAAGUCCAUGAGGGAGAAAGCUAUCGAGCGCAGGACAGUAAAUAAAGAGCACAACAGUAAUUUUAAGGCUGGAUAUGUUCCUAUUGAGGAGGAGAGGCUCCACAAGACAGGAUUGAGGGGUCGCAAGGGCAUUAUUGCCAUCGGCAUAAUCAUCCUACUUUUUCUGCUUGCUCUUAUUAACCUCAUUAUAACGCUGGUGAUAUGGACAGUGAUACGGAUAGGUCCUGGAGGUUGUGAAAGUAUGGAGUUUCAUGAGAGUGGGCUGCUACGCUUCAAACAGAAGACUGACAUGGGAGUGGUCCACCCACUGCACAAGAGCACGGUGGGCGGCAGGAAGGACCAGGACCUUAUCAUCACAGGCAACAGUAAUCCAGUGGUGUUCCAGCAGGGCAACACAAAGCUGAGCGUUGAGGAAGGCAAGACGUCUAUUGUCAGCGACUUGGGCAUCUCAUUCACUGAUCCCCGCACUCAGACCACUUUCUUCAGCACAGAUUUUGACAACCAUGAGUUCCACCUGCCCAAAGAUGUCAAAGUUCUCAACGUGAAGAAAGCUUGUACUGAGAGGAUCACCAGCAAUGCAUCCUCUGACCUCACUAUCAGAGGAGAUGGUAAAGCCAUUAUUCGUGGCAAUGAGGGCGUGUACAUCAUGGGCAAAACUGUAGAGUUCAGCAUGGGUGGGGACAUUGAGCUGAAAGCCGAAAACAGCAUAAUUCUGAAUGGCUCAGUGAUGUUCAGUCCGUCGCAUAUACCAAACUCCUCUCUUGGGGUAGAUCUGUACUUCAAUGAAGGUCUGGAGAGGUAUAAACUUUGCAUGUGUGCAGAUGGGACCCUGUUCAGAGUGCAGGUCAAAUACUCCAACAUGGGUUGCCAAACCUCCGACAACCCUUGUGGAGCAGCACACCUAUAAAAGAGACAGGAAUACCACAGAAAAACACAUACACAUGCUAGAGUGAACUACCAGAAGUAAUGUGUUUUUUUUUUUUUUGGUAUAUGCAUUUACACACACCACUAUCCUCAGAGAAAAACUGGACAAAAGUUAUAAAAUUAGUGUGAACAAGAAAUAUACGAAAAAGUCUAAAUCGCCUCACACUACCACCCACCAAGACAGUUUCUACUAUACACCCACUCACUUUAUUGGAGGUCCCAGAAACACACACACACACACGCACACCUCUACAAUGAUAAUCACUCUGCUAUAACCGUAAAACCGGCCCAGCACAAACGGUCCGGUUAUCUUUUAAGUAAUAGCUUGGCCGAGAGUUCCCUGUGCAUUAUCAUUGGCUCAUCUCAGUGUUUUACAGCCUUGAAGCUUCCAACUUGCACCCUUCACUGCAUGUGCUUUUAUAUAUUGUAUCACAGCAGAGUAAUUUAGGCCAGUAUUUUUCUGAGCAGUAUGACACACUUGUAUGAUCCCCUCCUGUCAUUAAUAACCAUCAAAUGGGCAGAGAGGAAUGCUGUUUGAUUGGUGUAGAGGUUUGCCGCUUGUGUCGAUGCUAUUGUCCUGCACUGUAUUAGAAUAUUCAAACCAGUCCUUUUUUAUUUUUGUAAAUGUAGUUGCAUAUACAGUGCUCUGUAUGAGGGCAGCUUAGAAGGAAUUUAUCACUCUGAUCUGUCCAUCAAGACCCAGAUUUUACAUUGGGCAUAAAGUGGCAACCCUACAAAGUAUCAAAAUUGUUUAUUGAACAAAAGUUAACAAAAAAUAAAAUGUCUUUAAAAUUCAACCUUAAAUUUACUUUUUGAAAAAAGAAGAAAAAAGAAAAGAAAAAGAAAUUAUAUUAAUGUGACACUGUACUGUAGGCUGAAUAGGACAGCUGCCUUUUUAGACAGUAUUACAUUGUGCUUAUAGUUUGAAUGAAUUUGGUUUUGCAACCCACCUGUCUAGAUAUUGUGGUUUUCAAAGACUUUUGGAGGGGAUUAUAAAUGGCCUAAAUUAUGAAAGUUAAUUUGUCAUUAAGAGUUUUUUCAGUGUUGGUUUUUAUAUCACAUUUGUUUACUUUGUCGUGAUUUUAGCCUUUUGUCUUAACAAAUAUGUGUAUUUGUAACUUCAUGAAACAGUAGAUAGUUAUACAUCACUUUCGGCACAUGUACUGUUACCUUAUCAGAGUGCCAUGGAUUAAUGAGAAAUUAUUAUUAUUAUUGUCUAAUAACAUGUUCAGAGGUGUAUACCAACAGCAUAUCUUGUAAUAGGAUAAAAACAGGAAAUAUAGAUGGCAUAUAUUUAUCUCAGUGUGAUAUUGUGUGCAAAAUAACCUUUACUUGGCCUGGUUCAUCUGGGUACAUGUGUGAUAUUUAUUUUUUGUCUUUUUUAACAGUUGAGUACUGUUGUGAUGUUCCAACUUAAUCAUUACUAAAAAUCACCUGUGCUUUAGAGACAAUUGUGGCUUUCUUUUAAACUCUGCAAUGGAGUAGUCUUUUGUGUGGUACUGUUCUGAAUGCAUCUGAUCUCUAUUAUGUUCACAUGGUUUACAGAGACUUUCUGAAAGAGUUUAUUGUCAGAAGUGUUUGUCACAACUCUUGUUUUGAAUGAGAGAAAAAUAAAGAUUUCAUAUUGCAAUUGUCAAUAAAGAGAAAUGCAGAUUUUGUUUGAAAAGUU